AUGUCAAGGCCUACCAAAGAGGACUUAAACGACUUGAGGGCACCUGACGAACAUGGUCUGCCCCCGUAUUCUCUCCACCCCGAUGGCGUCGACAACAAUCUGGCCAAUGAGAUAGGGGAUGUUCAGGCCGAUGGACGCAUCGAUGUCGAUCUCGACUCCGUGUUCGCCAAAACCCUCGCUCAAAUCAUCGAAGCUCAGCAAGAGGACAUCCACAAUCCGCCACCAGACUACUUCGACGAGCAUUCAAAGCAGCCUGAACCGGUGAUCUGCGAUAUUCAACUCAACAUUGUGAUCCAAAUAGUAGGUAGCCGCGGAGACGUUCAGCCGUUCAUUGCGUUGGGAAAUGAAUUGCAGAGAUACGGACAUCGCGUCCGCAUUGCCACUCAUGAUGUGUUUAGGACCUUUGUGACAGAGCACGGGCUGGAAUUCUUUCCCAUUGGGGGCAAUCCGGCAGAACUGAUGGCGUUUAUGGUUAAAAAUCCCGGAUUGAUCCCGCAAAUGAAGAGCCUGCGUGCUGGCGAGGUGCAGAAAAAGAGGACUAUGGUGGCUGAGAUGCUCGACGGCUGCUGGAGAUCAUGUAUCGAGGACGAUCCAGUCACACAGGUACCAUUUGUGGCCGACGCUAUUAUUGCAAAUCCGCCCAGCUUCGCCCAUAUACAUUGUGCACAAGCUUUGAGUAUUCCGGUUCAUCUUAUGUUCACCAUGCCGUGGAGCAGCACGAGGGCUUUCCCGCAUCCUCUUGCCAACCUUCGUGCUUCAGAAAUGAACCCCACGACUGCGAACUGGGUGUCAUAUGGAGUUGUAGAAUGGCUGACCUGGCAAGGAUUAGGGGACGUGAUCAAUCGAUGGCGAGCUGGUAUCGACCUGGAUCCUAUCCCACUGUCGGAGGGACCCAGCCUUGCAAAGACCUUGAAGAUACCUUUCACAUACUGCUGGUCCCCAGCACUAGUACCUAAACCACGAGAUUGGCCGAGUCACAUUGAUAUAUGUGGAUUUUUCUUCAGAAAUACACCAUCAUACAGCCCGCCCAGGGAACUACUCGAUUUUCUGCAGUCAGGCCCAGCUCCCAUCUAUAUCGGUUUCGGCAGUAUUGUCGUUGAUAACCCCCGGCAAUUGACGAGGACCAUCCUCGACGCAGUCAGAAGUCUUGGCGUUCGUGCUAUCAUCUCACGUGGAUGGAGUGAUUUAGCAGGGGAUUCGAACCAGAACAUCUUCUACAUUGAUGAUUGUCCGCAUGAGUGGCUUUUUCAGCAUGUUGCUGCAGUCGUACAUCAUGGUGGCGCGGGUACCACGGCAUGUGGCCUUGCUCGUGGGCGGCCAACCGCUAUUGUUCCUUUCUUUGGGGAUCAACCUUUCUGGGGUAACAUGGUAGCCCGUGCUGGCGCGGGUGCCAGACCCAUUCCCUACUCUCGCCUCGACUCAAAGAACCUGGCAGAUGCCAUACGACUUUGCCUCACACCGGAGGCAGCAGCAGCGGCUCAGCAAAUUGCAACUAAGAUGCGAGCCGAGUCUGGCGUCACUGCAGCUGUUCAAUCGUUCCAUCGCCAUCUGCCUUUAGAGCGAAUGCGUUGCCAUGUAAUGCCUAAUCACGCUGCUGUCUGGACGUGUGUCAAAUCGAAACGAAAAAUCUAUCUAUCCAAGCCAGCUGCUCAAAUCCUGAUCGAAAAGUCGAUGAUCGACGCCAAAGACAUUAGAAGCCAUGAAAUCAACCCAAUCUUCAUUGAGAAUCGCCGCUGGGACCCCCUCACGGGGAUGAUAUCCGCCUCGACAAGUACAGGGUACGACAUGCUCAGAUCGAGCGGUGGGAUGCUCUACAAGCCAUACAAGGAAUACAAGCGCAGCCGCUCCCCUAGACCCCCUACAGACCCCCUGAGCAGAAGCACGUCCUCCGUUACGAGCUCCACAGCAUCAAUUGCACACCUAAGCGUCGGCGAAACCAACUCUCGUGUUUCCAGAAAGAGCGGAAAAAGCAGGGAGAUGCAACCAAGUUCGUUGGUCACCGCAGGCAACGUAGCCGGUGCGACUUUGAAGGAAUUUGGCAAGUUUACCGGUUCUUACUUCAAAGGCGUGGUGGUGGACAUCCCGCAUGCCGCAGCAGAAGGGUUCCGCCAGGUCCCCCGACUCUAUGGAGAAGAACCGAAGAAUUAUGGCACAGUAAAGGACUGGAAGUCAGGGGCUGUGAUGGGUGGCCGAAAUUUCGUGGAUGGAAUGGCAGAUGGCUUCACGGGGUUCUUCACACAGCCCAUCAAGGGAGCCAAAGAAGAAGGGGUACUGGGCGCUGUGAAAGGGUUUGCUAAAGGCACUAUUGGACUGGCGACGAAGGUUCCUUCUGCUGGAAUCGGACUGGUGGCAUACCCAUUCCAUGGCAUUGCCAAAACGGUCGAAGGACUCGCCAAGUCGAAAACCAAAAAGCUCAUCGUCAAUGCUCGUCUUCGAGAUGGUCUGUAUAUCGUACAACGGGCUCAUUUGACGCAGGAGCAAGAGGCGGAGGUGGUCCAGGAUUUUCAGGCUCUUGCGCGCUCCCCGGUGAACUGA